AUGGGCGUUCAGGGGCCGGCAGCGCUGACCAAUGGACGCCCGGGAGGCGGUGCCGGCGGCCAAUGGGGGCGGUCAGCGCUCAGGGGGCGGGGCAGAGGCGCUGCGAGGCGCGUACGGACCAGAGCGCAGCGCCGUCCGCUCCGCAGCGCCCGCACGCAGGCAAUCAUGAGUGACCGAAAGGCAGUGAUCAAAAAUGCGGACAUGUCAGAGGAGAUGCAGCAAGACUCGGUGGAAUGUGCAACUCAAGCCUUGGAGAAAUACAACAUCGAGAAGGACAUCGCUGCUCACAUAAAGAAGGAAUUUGACAAGAAAUACAAUCCCACUUGGCACUGCAUCGUGGGCAGGAAUUUUGGCAGCUACGUGACUCAUGAGACCAAGCACUUCAUCUACUUCUACCUCGGCCAAGUCGCUAUUCUUCUGUUCAAGUCUGGCUAGAGCCAUGGACUGUUACUGAAACUUGCAUCCAGUUACAGGACUGCACACUGAUUCCCACCUUCAGCCUUCCUGGGGAAACACAUCUUGAUCUUCAGGUCUUGUAUUGUAUUGUUAAUGUCAGGGAUUUUGCUGUAGCGGCUGGUAUUUUCAUUGUGGCUAUAUAAAAAAGCAAAAAUGUCUUCCUUGUAUUUAUUUUCUUUCAAAAGAUGGCUUCUUUGCUAAUAAAAUCGUUUAUCCCUUUGCCCUCUUGAA